UCCCGCCACUCCAAUUCUCUUCUCUUUUUAUCGCAAUCUCCUGUUGACUUUUUCUUCACUCUUCAUUCUCUCGCACAUUCACAUUCACAAACCCUAAUUCACUAAAGUUAUCACAAUUCUCAAUCAAAUCAAAUCAACGAUUUCUGCAACCACAGCGUAAUCAUCAUCAUCAACCAUGGGUUACCAAGACGAUCCGAAUCGCGACGAGGACGGAGAACCAUUGAUGGACUACGACGACGUUCAAUCCGAUCGGGAGCCAUCUCCGGAGCCGAACAACAACCUCAACGAUUUCGAGGAAGAUGUCGACGAUUGGGGCAACCGUGAACGAUCUCAGACUCCGGUGUACGACAACGACUCGUCGAAGUCGAAGCCCAGGAAGAGGCUCAUCAAGAAGGGCGGCGGUGGUGGGAGCCAGUCGGUGGCUCCGGAUCUCGAGGAUGAGGUGGAGGAGGAGGAUUUUCCGGUGAGGUCUGAUGAGGGGGAAGGGAGGAAGAGGAAGAAGGAGAAGGAUGGUGGAUCAGGGAAGAAGGAGAAGCGGCUUAAAGGCGAUACGAGGUUCGGAAGUAGCAGCAGCGGCGGAAAGGGAGGUUCCAAAUUUGGGUCUGCUAAGAAAGGGUUUGGGGGGAAGGCAGGGAAGGAUCAUGAUGGUGAAGUUAAGGAGAUGUGGGAUACCAUUGCUGGUGGAGAUUCUGAGGAUGAUCAAGAGGGUGUCAGAAAUUUGGAUGAUGACAACUUCAUAGAUGACACUGGAGUGGAACCUGGUUUCUAUGGUAACUACAAUGAACCAAGCUCUCCUGGUGAAGCGCCUCAGGCAGAGGAAGGUGAAGAAGAUGAUGAAAUCAAUGAUCUUUUUAAGAUGGGUAAGAAAAAGAAGAAGAACGAAAGAAGUCCUGCAGAGAUAGCUUUAUUAGUUGAGAAUGUCAUGGCUGAGCUUGAGGUUACAGCUGAAGAGGAUGCUGAACUCAAUAGACAGGGGAAGCCUGCUAUUAAUAAACUCAAGAAGCUGCCUCUUCUUACAGAAGUCCUCUCAAAGAAACAGCUCCAGCUAGAAUUUUUAGAUCAUGGAGUCCUAACUUUAUUGAAGAAUUGGCUUGAGCCGCUUCCUGAUGGAAGCUUGCCAAAUAUAAACAUACGCACUGCAAUUUUGAAGAUUUUGAAUGAUUUUCCUAUAGACCUAGAGCAGAUUGACAGAAGAGAACAGCUGAAGAGGAGUGGUCUUGGGAAGGUAAUUAUGUUUUUAUCAAAGUCUGAUGAAGAGAUAAAUGUAAAUAGGAAACUAGCCAAGGAACUGGUUGAUAAAUGGAGCCGACCUAUAUUUAAUAAGAGUACACGGUUUGAAGACAUGCGAAAUAUUGAGGAUGAGAGGGCUCCUUUCAGGAGGCCAUCAGUCAAAAAGCCGGCAAAUAAAGCUGCAGGAAUGCAAUCUAGAGACAGUGACCUUGAUUUGGAUCUUCCACAGCCUAGGUCUGGUCAGUCCUCUUCCAGGCAACAUGCAUCAAGACCAGAAGCAACACCUAUGGAUUUUGUGAUCCGUCCCCAAUCUAAAGUUGAUCCAGAAGAAGUUAGAGCACGGGCAAAGCAAGCUUCACAUGAUCAACAGCGUAUGAAGAUGAAUAAGAAAUUGCAGCAGUUGAGGGCACCAAAAAAGAGACAGCUUCAGGCUACAAAACUGAGUGUGGAAGGUCGUGGUAUGAUCAAAUAUCUGUAGAUGGAAGGAUUUUUUGGUCCUGCAAGUUUCAAAUAAUGUGCUUGCCUUUAUGGGAGAAUGCAGUGAGCUCCUUCCUUGGCCUGUGUAGUGGUAUGAUCAAACAUUUGUAGAUGGAAGGAUUUGUUGGUCCUGCAAGUUUCAAAUAAUGUGCUGCCUUUACGAGAGAAUGCAGUGAGCUCCUUCCUUGGCCUGUUUUCGGUGAUCUGAUUAUAUUUUGAUUGGUGGUGUGAUGAAAUUACUCACCCCUUUGCUGCAUUUGUUGUGUAAUAAUACAUUGCAACAGUAAAUCCAAACUUUAAGCUCUUGUGUAUUAUUUCUUCUGUUAAAUAAUCAAAGCCUCGGAUUGCAUAA